AUGAUGCUUAAAGCCGUCGUCGUCCUCGCCAUCGUGGCUUUCGCCGCCGCCGUCCCAGGCACCAAAUACUACCCAGCCCCAGACGGCAGUGGAAGACUUCUCUACUUCCCCCGUGGCUACGUGAGCGGUGACUAUAGAGGGGGUAUUCCAGUCAAUAACCUUGGUUACGGUGGCUACCGCGGUGGAUACGGUGGAUACAGUGGAUACGGUGGAUACGGAGUUGGCAGUUACGCCGGAUAUGGUUACGGCAAAGGCGUCUACGGAUUGGGAUAUGGGCGUGGUCUUUAUGGCCUCGGUUACUUGAACCGUGGAUACGGCCUUAAGGGCUAA